GAAGGAAACAAGUUACCACAACACCACUCAGCAGAGGGAGGGAGAAGUCCCUGCUUCGAGGCGAGGCAGAACCUCUCUGCUUUUUACCUUUUCUGCAGCUACCCAGUGUGCGCGUACGUGUGUGUUGUGCAUGUGUGCAUUGAUUUUUUUUUUUAAUUUCAAUUGCGGAGGAAAACUGUAUUUGCGGGGCUGGGAGAAAUGCUAAUUAUCUGGAUGUUACCGGUUCUGGGAAAAUAAGGAGUAUAAGUGAAGGAAACCGAAGAGAACGAGGGGAAAAAUGAUUUGAAGAGAAAGGGGGAAAGAAUAUAAACCACCCAUCCCAGCUUUGGCUGAGAAUUGGUGGUAUCCCUUCUGAGGCCAGUUACCGUUCAUUUCACUUUGUUCUUUUUUUCAAUGAAGAAACCUUGCAUUUAGGGCAGAGCAUGCACACAUCUCUAUACAAUCGGUGAACCUUUUCUGUGUUUGAAGAUUUUCUCUUUGGAUGUAACAUUGGUGGAACAUUUUAGAUAGUGUCUUUUUUGGGCAAAGUCACCAUGAAUUCUGUGGCUGGGAAUAAAGAAAGGAUCGCAGUCACAACCAGGAGCAGAAAAUACGGGGUGAACGAAGUCUGCUCCCCUACCAAGACCGCAGCCCCCUUCUCCCCCGAAAGCUGGUACCGGAAAGCCUAUGAAGAGUCCCGGGCGGGGAGCCGGCCCAACCCCGAGGGCGCCGGCUCAGCGCUCGGCUCAUCGGGGACCCCGUCCCCCGGCUCAGGCACCUCGUCCCCGAGUUCGUUCACGGGCUCCCCGGGACCUGCUUCCCCUGGCAUCGGCACCAGCUCGCCUGGCUCUCUGGGCGGCUCGCCAGGCUUUGGCACGGGCUCCCCCGGCUCGGGCAGCGGGGGCGGCUCCUCUCCAGGCUCGGACCGCGGCGUCUGGUGCGAGAAUUGCAACGCCCGCCUGGUGGAGCUGAAGAGACAGAUACUGAAGCUGCUUCUCCCCGGCCCCUUCUCCAGCAAGGACCCUGCAUUCUCUUCUGCCAUCCAUGACAAGCUCCAGGUUCCCAACACCAUUCGGAAAGCCUGGAAUGAACGGGAUAACCGCUGUGACAUCUGUGCAACUCACCUGAACCAGCUGAAGCAGGAGGCCAUCCAGAUGGUGCUCACCCUGGAGCAGGCAGCCAACAGUGAGCACUAUGAUACAUCGCCCAGCUCACCUCCACCACUCCCUAACAUCCCUGCCUUGGUGGGACCCCGACAUGUGGGUAGCCUCCAGCAGCCCCGAGACUGGGCCUUUGUACCUGCUUCCUAUGCCACCUCUAACUAUACAGGCUUCAUCACCAACAAGCAUGGCAACAAGCCCAAUAGCCUUGGGGUUGGCAGUGGGGCAGAGAAGAAAAAUGGAUCCCCCACUCACCAGGCCAAGGUCAGCCUCCAGAUGGCCACCAGCCCCAGCAAUGGGAAUAUCCUCAACUCAGUGGCCAUCCAGGCCCACCAGUAUCUGGAUGGCACCUGGUCCCUGUCCAGAACAAAUGGAGUCACACUAUACCCCUACCAGAUUUCCCAGCUGAUGACUGAACCUGGACGGGAGGGACUGACAGAAGCUGCCCUGAACCGCUACAAUGCAGACAAACCCUCCGUAUACAGCUUUCCAGCCUCACACAGCCCCUGUGCUGCCAGUGAAACUUCCCCGGGCACCUCAGUGGCAACGUCCUUCUUUGCCAGAGCUGCUCAGAAGCUGAAUCUGUCUUCCAAAAAGAAGAAGAAUCGACCUUCAACAUCAUCAGCAUCGGAAUCACCUCUCUUCUCUACGAGCUUCAGUGGGAUCCUUCAGACUUCCCCUCCUCCUGCUCCACCUUGUCUAUUAAGGGCAGUCAACAAAGUAAAAGAUACUCCAGGCCUGGGCAAGGUAAAGGUCAUGGUUCGCAUCUGCUCCACCCUUGCUAGGGACACCUCAGAAUCCAGCUCCUUUUUGAAGGUGGAUCCAAGGAAGAAGCAAAUCACCCUCUAUGACCCCUUGACUUGUGGAGGGCAGAACACCUUUCAAAAGAGAGGCAGCCAGGUUCCACCGAAGAUGUUUGCCUUUGAUGCUGUUUUCCCCCAGGAUGCAUCUCAGGCUGAAGUGUGUGCUGGAACUGUGGCAGAGGUGAUCCAGUCCGUGGUCAAUGGAGCCGAUGGCUGUGUGUUCUGUUUUGGUCAUGCCAAGCUUGGAAAAUCCUAUACCAUGAUUGGAAAGGAUGAUUCCAUGCAGAACCUUGGCAUCAUCCCCUGUGCCAUCUCCUGGCUCUUCAAGCUGAUUAACGAACGCAAAGAGAAGACAGGAGCCCGUUUCUCGGUCCGGAUCUCUGCUGUUGAAGUGUGGGGGAAGGAAGAGAACCUGCGGGACCUGCUGUCAGAGGUGGCCACAGGCAGUCUACAGGAUGGCCAGUCCCCUGGCGUGUAUCUUUGUGAAGAUCCCAUCUGUGGCAUGCAGCUCCAGAACCAGAGUGAACUCCGAGCCCCCACCGCCGAGAAGGCGGCCUUCUUCCUUGACGCUGCCAUUGCCUCUCGCCGGAGCAGCCAACAAGAUUGUGAUGAGGACGACCAUAGAAACUCACAUAUGUUAUUCACUCUGCAUAUCUACCAGUACCGAAUGGAAAAGAGUGGAAAAGGUGGAAUGUCUGGAGGUCGAAGCCGCUUGCAUCUGAUCGACCUAGGCAGCUGUGUCAAAGCUCUAAGCAAAAAUCGAGAGGGUGGUUCAGGCCUGUGCCUGUCGCUAUCGGCCCUGGGAAAUGUCAUCCUUGCUCUGGUCAAUGGCAGUAAACACAUCCCUUACAAAGACAGCAAGCUCACCAUGUUGCUGCGAGAGUCCCUGGGGAACAUGAACUGCCGCACCACCAUGAUCGCUCACAUCUCAGCAGCCGCCGGGAACUAUGCAGAAACCCUAUCUACCAUCCAGAUUGCAUCCAGAGUCCUGAGAAUGAAGAAAAAGAAAACUAAGUACACCUCAAGCUCUUCUGGAGGGGAAAGCUCUUGUGAAGAAGGCAGAAUGCGCCGGCCAACCCAGCUGAGACCCUUCCAUCCCCGCAAUGCUGUAGACCCAGACUUCCCCAUCCUUCACUUGUCCAGUGACCCAGACUACUCCUCCAGCAGUGAGCAGUCCUGCGAUACUGUGAUCUAUGUGGGCCCCAAUGGCACGGCCCUCUCAGAUAAAGAGCUCACAGACAAUGAGGGACCCCCAGACUUUGUCCCAAUAGUCCCCGCCCUGCAGAAGACCAAGAACAAUAGCAGGCUGGAAGAUGCUGGAGACAGUGCCUCUAGCAAGUCAGAGAGGGACUGCCUCAAGUGUAACACCUUUGCCGAGCUCCAGGAGAGGCUGGACUGCAUAGAUGGCAGUGAGGAGACCAACAAGUUUCCUUUUGAGGAGUUGCCCAUUCAGUUUGGGGCUGACCAAAUGAACAAGUGCCCCACCCUAGCCAGCCAAGUGGCUGAGCUGAGUCAGCUUUCAGAGUCUGAUAAGGAAGAGAAUGGUUCUGAUGGUCAGGAUAAGGAAGGACAGGAGAGUUCCAGUGCCCUGGUCACCAAGCUGCCAAGGAACCACUCCCCGGUCCCUUCUGCAGCCUUCACCAACACUCCCACACCUUCCUCACCCAGGAGCAUCCCUGGCAGCUCCAGCAGCCAGACUAGCUCUUCCCAGCUUGCCCACAGCCCCAGCCUUCAGAGCAGCCGGGAAAGCCUCAACUCCUGUGGCUUUGUGGAGGGCAAGCCCCGACCCAUGGGGUCUCCCCGCCUGGGCAUCGCUAGCCUUUCCAAGACUUCUGAGUACAAGCCACCAAGUUCACCCUCUCAGAGGUGCAAAGUCUACACUCAGAAAGGGGUCCUCCCCUCUCCAGCUCCCCCACCUCCACCACCACCUUUGACCAAGGAUUCUGGGAUGGUGUCUAGUGAAUCCUUACUGCAGCCUGAGAUCCGUACACCUCCAGUAGGAAUGAGCCCUCAGGUCCUGAAGAAAUCUGUGUCCUCUGGGAGUGGGGGAUUUUCAGAGACCAUCAUUGAUGAGGAGCAAUCAGCCACUUCUCCAGGGUCCAAGAAAGGAGUCCUGAGCACAACCAUGGUCACUGUCCAGCAACCUCUGGAGUUGAAUGGUGAGGACGAACUGGUGUUCACUUUGGUAGAGGAGCUGACAAUCAGUGGAGUCCUUGAAAAUGGGCGUCCUACCAGCAUCAUCAGCUUCAACAGUGAUUGUUCCGUACAAGCCUUGGCUUCAGGCUCCCGUCCAGUCAGUAUCAUCAGCAGCAUCAGCGAGGACCUAGAGUGUUAUUCCAACACAGCUCCGGUCUCAGAGGUCAGCAUCACGCAGUUCUUGCCCCUCCCCAAGUUAAACCUGGAUGAAAAGGUCCGGGAUACUGGGAGCAGACGGUCCUCCAUCAGCUCUUGGCUGAGUGAGAUGAGCACAGGGAGUGACGGUGAGCAGUCAUGUCACAGCUUCAUAGCCCAGACAUGCUAUGGGCAUGGGGAAGCACUGGCAGACCCUCCACUCCCAGACUUUGCAAACACCAUCCAGAACAGUAAAAUGAUGUGUGGAGACAAGCCAAAGGCAGGCCCAGAAAAUUUACUUAUCCUAUCUGAAAUGGGAGAAGAGACUUUCAACAAGGGCUCACCUAUCAAAGGCUGUAAAAUAUCAGCCCUUGGCAAAGCCAUGGUGACAAUUUCCAAUGCAGCAAACUUGGGUGGCUGUGAAGGCUACAUCCCCAUGAAGACGAAUAUUACUGUUUAUCCCUGUAUCUCUGUGAGCCCCCUUAACAUCCAAGAGACAGAUGAGGCUAUAACCACAGUCAACUCACCUUCCAAAGCAGCCCAGGCUCAGGAGGGCAAAGAAGCCAACACAAAGAAAGAGAUCAAAUUUGAGGACCCUUGGCUUAAACGGGAAGAGGAGGUGAAAAAAGAGAAUACGUAUCCUAGUAAUAUGACUAGCUUUGAAGCUGAGAUGGGUUCCACCAAGCCUGAGCCUAGACAUGAACAAGAACAAGGCAAGAAGCCCAACUCGGUAGACAGGUUCAGUGGCAGCAGCAGCAGCGGAGAGACAUCUAACUCCCCUGUGUCUGACAAUUUCAAGAGGAUUGUGGAUGGGUGUGAGAUGACCUUGUCCAGUUUGGCCACCCAAACCCCUGUGCACGCCAACAAGAGCCUGAAGGCUAGCAGUCUCCCGAGAGCGUUUCAGAAAGCCAGCAGGCUGGAUGACCUGGACAAUGUCUUCUACCACUGUGCUGCCGAGAGCAAUGGUAUCUGCUCAUCUUCUGGAUCUCAGUCCUCCAAGACCACCCUAGAGAGGAGGAUGGCUUCUCCAAAGCACUGUGUUCUGGCUAGGCCUAAAGGAACACCCCCUCUCCCUCCCAUCCGAAAGUCCAGCCUGGAUCAGAAGAAUCGGGCCAGCUCCCAGCAUAGUGCCCCUAGUAGCAGCACUAGCAGUCCCUUGAACCAGCCAGCUCCUUUCCUCCCCGGCUUCCCUGAUGAGCCCAGCAGCAAGACGAAAGACACCAGUAGCAGCAAGUUGUUCAGUGCCAAGCUUGAGCAGCUCGCCAGUAGGACCAACUCCCUUGGUCGGUCCACAGUGAGUCACUAUGAGUGCCUGUCCCUGGAGAGGGCUGAGAGCCUGUCCUCUGUAAGCUCCAGGAUGCACUCUGGCAAAGACAGCACCAUGCCAAGGACAGGGAGGACCCUGAAUCGUUCAGCCAUGUCCUCUCCCACCAAUUCCUGCACCUCGCAGUCUGCUGGGGCCUCGCCCAAGGCUGGCCAGUCUAAGAUCUCUGCCGUUAGCAAGCUCCUCCUGGCCAGCCCCAAAGCUCGGAGCCUUUCCACCUCCACCACCAAAACCCUCAGCUUCUCCACCAAGUCUCUGCCACAGUCAGUUGGGCAGAGUUCCAGCCUACCCCCCAGUGGAAAGCACAUGUCUUGGUCCACCCAGUCCCUCAGCCGGAGCCGGGGGUCUGGCCUCACUUCCAAACUUCCCCUCCGUGCAGUCAAUGGCCGGAUCUCCGAACUGCUUCAGGGGAAUACAAGCACCCGAGGUUUGCAGCUUCGUGGGAGCUCCGAGGCGGAGGAGCGUGGUGGCCUUCCCGGAGAAGAGAAACCAGCCGUCCACAUGCUGCCCUCCCCGUACAGCAAAAUCACCCCUCCACGCAAGCCCCAUCGGUGCAGCAGCGGCCAUGGCAGUGACAACAGCAGCGUGCUGAGUGGGGAGCUCCCCCCGGCCAUGGGGAAAACAGCCCUGUUCUACCACAGCGGGGGCAGCAGCGGCUACGAGAGCAUGAUGAGAGACAGCGAGGCCACAGGCAGCGCUUCGUCCGCGCAAGACUCCAUGAGUGAGAACAGCAGUUCAGUCAGCGGAAGGUGCCGAAGUCUCAAAACCCCAAAGAAACGCUCCAAUUCAGGUUCUCAGAGACGGAGGCUCAUUCCAGCCCUAUCACUUGAUACCACCUCACCAGUGAGGAAACCUUCGAACAGUACUGGUGUCCGCUGGGUGGAUGGUCCAAUGCGUAGCACCCAGAGGGGUUUAGGGGAACCCUUUGAGAUCAAAGUCUAUGAAAUUGAUGAUGUAGAGAGGCUUCAGCGGCGUCGAGGCAUUGACAGCAAGGAGGUGAUAUGCUUCAAUGCAAAGCUGAAAAUCCUGGAGCAUCGCCAGCAGAGGAUUGCUGAGGUUCGGGCCAAGUAUGAGUGGUUAAUGAAGGAACUGGAGAUGACCAAGCAGUAUCUGAUGCUGGAUCCCAACAAAUGGCUCAGUGAAUUUGACUUGGAGCAGGUAUUGGAACUGGAUUCCUUGGAGUACCUGGAAGCCCUGGAGUGUGUAACUGAGCGCCUAGAGAACAGAGUCAACUUCUGCAAGGCCCACCUCAUGAUGAUCACCUGCUUUGACAUCACCUCCAGGCGCCGAUAGAGAGUCAACUCCUCCCUCCCUUUCCCUCGCCUCCACCCCAUCUUCCACUCCCAUCCCACUCACCCACAGCCCAGGACUCCCCAGAAACAGUCACUCUCACCCAGGCCCUCUGCAAAGACAGCACCCCAAAGACCACGGAAUGAGGAUGAAGGUCGGCGGCACGUCUGGAGUGAGUGUUGAGCGGCAGGCGAUUUUUCUUUUCCUUUCGUUUCUCUAGGAAGGGUGCGAACACCAAACCCGCAAUGAAGGAGCAAAAUGUUGGGAAGGCCAAGGGAUAUCAAAGUCCCUGAGAGACUGAAAAGAGCACUUUGAGGAACUUUCAAGGACACGUUUGUACAUACAAACUUCAAGCAAAGGCAACCUUGUUCUUUCCUGGCUUUGGCCGAGGAAGGGGAAGGGUGGAAGGUGGACAGCUGCUGCCGAGAGUUAAAAAAAAAAACAACAAACAACAAAUACCCCGAAAGACUGUUUAAGUGCCUUGCAAAUCUUUAUUAUCCAAACGUUUAUGUUCAUACUUUCUUGUGUACAGAUGGUGCUAGUCAAGAAAAUUACAAAACAAACAAAAAAGGAAAAUCAAACACAUUUUGGAAAUGUAUUAAUGUAUUUACAACUCGUUUUCUCCUGGUGUUUUCUCCUGUUUCUGACUUGCUGUUUCUAAGUAACUUGUGUUUGUAGAGAUAUUUCCUAAUCAUUACCACAUAUGAAUAAACGUUAACUGUCUUUUAUUGUUUA